AACACAUUUGCAUUUCAUUCAUGUAUCAAACAUCUCAGCUGCUUUGCUGAAAUUUCAUAACAAGUCGUAGUCUAGUGAUAGACAACUGUACCAUCAACAUCAGAUAUUCUUUCAUUAAUAUGUACAAAAUUUCAAGAAAACUUCUUUGUGAUAAAAUCGUUGGAAUCCAUCAAAUCAGAUAUGCGCAUCAAACAACUCAUUAUGAGAUCCUUAAGUUGAAGUCGACAUGCACACCAAAAGAAAUUCGAGAAGCAUUCAUUAGGCUGUCCAAAGAGCUUCAUCCGGACGCAAAUGUUAGCAACGCGAAACGAGCGAGCAGCGACAAGUCCUUCAUUCAGCUGCUGGAAGCCUACAAAGUACUCAGUAAGCCGGACAGUAGAGCCAGCUACGACUACGAACUAUCCCUGCGAGAAAGACCGUACGGGCAACAGGUUCGGUACAACGCGUGGCAACCCCCCAAUCCAGCCCACUACGCGACACCGGAUCCGGAUUCGUUCUAUGGAAUCAAAGGCAUUAAAAAGGUCAGCAAUAGGACAAUUGUCUUCUAUUGUGGCAUUUUCAUGCUUGUUGGAAUUAUUUUGCAAGCAAUCGCAAUCAGCAAAUCCUUCACUUUCAAACGCAAACAGUUGGACGAUUUUUCGCGCAAAAAUGCCCUCCAGCAUGCGGAAGUUCGCGCUGAAGCGGAAUCGUUGGGAAACGAUGCGCAGCUGGAAAGGAUGAAAGCCACGUUGAAAAAAGAAGUUAUCUGGUAACAAUAAAUCUACCUCAAACAACGUGUACAUAGUUUCUUGUGUAGAAUGUAAAUAUACUGGAAAUGUAAAUAAACAAAUGUCUAUGAUUUGUACACUCUUACGGGUUAA